GCCUUUUUUUUUUCUCACCAUCACACUGCCUUACACAUUCCCAAAGAGAUAAUCAACUUUCAGACCAUUCACCAUGCACUUUAAAAACAUCCUGGCCCUUUUCGCCCUGACCAGUUUGGCUUCUGCUGCUCCAGCAGAAGAUAUCACGGGCGAUGAAGGCCUCGUGGAGAGAGCUCCAAAUCCAUGCCCUGGAGGCCAAUUCUGCUGUGACAAAUUCGUCCCAUUUAACUUCUGGUUUAUCGAAGGCGUGGGAUCGGGCAAUUGCUACAAGCUCACUGGCUCGUCUUGCGGCAACAAAAAACUUGUAUGCUGCAAGCAUAAAGCCAUUGUGGACGGUGGGGAUGUUGUCUGUACUGCUUAAAAAGGAGCAGAAUUUACUAAACGGAGGGAACUAGCUGUCACUCUAAUAAAGGGAUUCCCAGUCGAUUUUGGGCAUUUGCCUCUUUUUUUUUUUUUUUUUUUCCCUCGUUAAUUGUUAAAAGAGAAAAGCCCAUGAAAGACCAUGAAAAGACGUGGUAAUGUGAUGUUAUUCAGCUCUAAUAGGAACAGGGGAACACAAAUGAAGUCGAUCGUGUAUAGUCAUUCUUUCAAUGUCAUGUUUUACUGGAGAAAUUUAAUUUUUUAUUUUAUUGACCCCCCAUUCAUUGACUUUAUCAUACUUGCCUACCAGGAUAUUUACCACAUUCCAAAUGUACGUACAGUGG